AUGGAUCGUGAACGGGUAUUCCGAGGUGAUGGUGGACCACGCUACAACCUCUGGAAGCCGUGCUUCCUGGCUUGUGAAGAUAAUAAUAUACCAUGUUGGCCGGUGCCACAGACAAGCCCGCAGCGUCGGCGUUUUCCAUAUUACGGACCGAGAGACCACAAUUUCCGCGGCGAACAAUGCAUUGCACCAUUCUUUGCUUAUCAAAUAAUUCGACAUAGACAAGAAAUCAAAGGAAGGCUGAAGAGGGUCUGA